AUGAGCAACCAAAACGAGGAAGAAGACGGAGACACCGAUUGCUUCUACGAGUCUCUUGAUCGCUUAGCUUCUUCCUCUUCUUGCUCUUGCUCCGCUUCAAACUCCGAUUACGAUUCCGACCACGCCAAUUCGGAAUCCUCUCCUCGGAUCUCCUCCGCCGCUUCCCAUGACCCUGAAGAAUCCAACGGCGGUCAUCGCCGCAGAUACCCAUUCCCCGUCCCUCGGUUUCCAAUGGUUGCUUCAAAGUUCGACGUUUGGAUCUCCGAACCCGUUUCUGUCUCCGAGAGGCGUUCGAAGCUUUUAACCGAAAUGGGUCUCACCCGCGGCGAACCCGUUUCCUCGAAAGACACAAGAGCCUCCGACAUUUCCCGAUCGAUCUCGUGUAAUCAAUUGUCUCGGCGAGAUCACGGAGAGUGUUCACAAAGUGUCGGCGGCAUUGGGAGAUCGAAAUCCGACAUUACCACUAGCCAAUGUGGUGAUCGUGACCGUCGAUAUUCUCCUCCCGGUAAUUCUUGUUCUUGCUCCGACACUAAACUCUCACAUUCAGAGAUUAGUACUUCUAAUUUUGAACCAGUUGGUAUUGAUUCGUCAAUGCUUUGUGAGAAUUCUUUGCGGUUAAAUGGAAACUCUGAUUGUGUGUUGAGGAACCAUAGCGAGAGUGUAGCGAAUGAGGAAGUGGAAGUGUGUACUAUUAAGAAUCUUGAUAAUGGGAAAGAGUUUGUAGUGAAUGAGAUUCAAGAAGACGGUACAUGGAAAAAGGUAAAAGAAGUGGGGACUGACACACAGAUGACGAUGGAGGAGUUUGAGAUGUGUGUGGGACAUUCUCCCAUUGUUCAGGAGCUUAUGAGAAGACAGAACGUAGAGGAUUCCGAUAAGAACUCAUCAACGAAAACUAAGGAAAACGAAGAUAAUGGCGAUAAGGAUAACAAUGCAUCAAAGUCUAAGAAGAAAGGAAGUUGGUUUAAGAGUAUAAAGAAUGUUGCAAGUAGCAUGACUGGUCAGAGCAAAGAGAGACGAAGCAGCGAUGAUAGAGAUACAUCAUCAGAGAGAGGUGGUCGGAGGUCAAGCUCUGCUACAGAUGAUUCUCAAGAAUCUUCUUUUCACGGGCCGGAAAGAGUUAGGGUUAGACAGUAUGGGAAGUCAUCUAAAGAACUCACGGCAUUGUACAAGACGCAGGAGAUUCAAGCGCAUAAUGGUUCUAUUUGGAGCAUUAAGUUUAGUUUGGAUGGUAAAUAUCUCGCUAGUGCUGGUGAGGAUUGCAUCAUUCAUAUUUGGCAAGUUGUCGAGGCUGAAAGGAAGGGAGAGUUGUUACUUGAUAGACCGGAGUUGAUGCUUUUGGCUAAUAAUGGGUCUCCAGAACUAACAGCUACUAUGUCACCAAGAAGAAGAGGGAGAACUUCUAUAAGUAGAAAGUCAUUGAGUUUGGACAACAUAUUUGUUCCAGAUUCUGUUUUCGGGAUUUCGGAGAAGCCCUUUUGUUCAUUUCAGGGACAUUUGAAUGAUGUGCUUGACCUUGCUUGGUCCAAGUCUCAGCAUUUGCUUUCUUCAUCAAUGGAUAAAACAGUUCGUUUGUGGCACUUGUCCAGUCAGACUUGCUUGAAAGUAUUUUCGCAUAGUGAUUACGUGACUUGCAUUCAGUUUAAUCCGGUUGAUGAUAAAUACUUCAUCAGUGGUUCCUUAGAUGCAAAAGUUCGCGUCUGGAGCAUUCCAGAUCGUCAAGUAGUUGAUUGGUAUGAUCUUCAUGAGAUGGUCACUUCUGCUUGCUACACUCCAGACGGUCAGGGCGCAUUGGUUGGUUCAUACAAAGGUAGCUGUCGAAUGUAUAGUGCAUCAGAUAACAAGCUGCAACAGAAAAGCCAGAUAAAUUUACAGAACAAGAAGAAGAAAGCUCAUCAAAAAAAGAUAACUGGUUUCCAGUUUGUGCCUGGAAGCUCGUCUGAAGUCCUUGUCACAUCUUCGGAUUCACGGAUCCGCGUUGUUGAUGGUACUGAUCUAGUUAACAAACUUAAAGGGUUUCGGAAUACGAGCAGCCAGAUCUCUGCUUCCAUCACAGCCGAUGGGAAAUAUGUUGUUUCAGCGAGCGAGGAUUCACACGUGUACAUAUGGAAGUACGAAUCCCCUGCUUCUCGACCAAGCAGGAGUAACAACAACAAGAACGUGACGGUUACAAACUCUUACGAGCAUUUCCACAGCCAAGACGUCUCAGCAGCAAUCUCAUGGCCCGGGAUGGCCUCAACGGAAACAUGGGGAACCACCCAAAACAGAGCAGGGUGUAACGGAGACACCAAUAAUAACUUGGACAAAGUCUCCACAGCGAACCAUCCACCUAUAUCGGUGGACCAGCCCAGGACUGUAGAUCGGUUGAACAGUCCGCGGAACGGGAUCAUUUCGAGCGCAACAAACGGAUACUAUUUCGAUAGAAUGUCAGCGACUUGGCCUGAAGAGAAACUGUUGUUUGGAAGGAACAGAAGUGGGAAUCGUCUUAGCACGGAUUUGUCAUCCAACGGAGUUAACUCAGGGAAUGUUUCAGUUUCAGCUUCUUGGGGAAUGGUGAUUAUCACUGCAGGUCUCAGAGGAGAGAUUCGAACGUUUCAAAACUUUGGUUUGCCCAUUCCGAGUUGA